CUCUCCUUCGGAUCUCUCAUAUUUUAUUGAAACAUCCAGCACAGCCUCCAUUCUCUCUCUCCUCUCUCUCUUUCUCUCUCUACACUUUGCGUCGUUCUCAACGUGAAUUGCCGCCCCGGUCGCCGAACAACCACCGUCUCUGAUCGCCGGACGUUCGACGGGAAGGUAUUAUACAUCUCUGAUUGCGCAGAAAUUUUUUAGCACCAAGUGUUAGCUCUGUAUGUCUAAGUUUCAUACAUGGCAUCAAGGUCGUGCGCAAACCUUUUAGAUUUGGCCUCUGGAGGCCUAUUGGAUUUUCCGUGCACUCCUAGUCCAAGGCCCCUUCCAAGGGUGAUGACUGUCCCCGGCAUUAUAUCUGAUUUGGAUGGCGGUAAUGAUGCGGACUCAGAUGCUGCUUCAUCUGUUUGUCUAGAUCGGAAAAUUUUAGUGGCAAACAUGUUACCCUUGCAUGCAAAAAGGGAUCCAGAAACUGCUAAAUGGUGCUUCAGUUUUGACGAGGAUUCACUUCUGUUGCAUCUAAAGGAUGGAUUCUCUUCAGAAACUGAGGUCAUUUAUGUCGGUUCACUCAAAGCUGAAAUAGAUCCGAGUGAACAGGAAGAAGUCGCACAGAAGUUGCUGGAGGACUUCAAUUGUGUACCUACUUUUCUUCCCCAUGAUCUCCAGAAGAAGUUCUAUCUGGGAUUCUGCAAACAGCAGCUGUGGCCGCUUUUUCAUUACAUGCUACCCAUUUGCCCAGACCAUGGUGAUCGCUUUGACCGCUCGCUCUGGCAGGCCUAUGUAUCUGCUAAUAAAAUAUUUGCAGACAAAGUAAUGGAAGUGAUUAAUCCUGAUGAUGAUUAUGUAUGGAUUCAUGAUUAUCAUCUAAUGAUUCUUCCAACAUUGUUGAGGAAGCGAUUCUAUCGCGUCAAGCUUGGAUUCUUCCUUCACAGCCCAUUCCCUUCUUCAGAAAUUUAUCGGACUUUGCCUGUUCGUGAUGAAAUUUUGAGGGGGUUGCUUAAUUGCGAUCUCAUUGGUUUUCAUACAUUUGAUUAUGCACGUCAUUUCCUCUCUUGCUGCAGCAGAAUGCUCGGCCUGGACUAUGAAUCAAAGCGAGGACACAUUGGGUUGGACUAUUUUGGUCGCACAGUGUAUAUUAAAAUUCUUCCUGUAGGUGUUCACAUGGGCCGUCUUGAAUCUGUUUUGAAUCUCCCCUUUACAUCUGCCAAAAUCAAAGAAAUUCAAGAACAAUUUAAGGGAAAGAAGUUAAUUCUUGGAGUCGAUGACAUGGAUAUUUUUAAAGGCAUCAGCCUCAAACUUCUUGCAAUUGAGCAGCUUUUGCAGCAGAAACCAGAUCUACAGGGAAAAGUGGUCUUGGUUCAGAUUGUGAAUCCUGCCAGGGGAUUGGGAAAGGAUGUCCAGGAAGCUAAAAGUGAGACAUAUUUAACUGCGAGAAGAAUCAAUGAAGUUUAUGGUUCGUCCAACUACAAGCCAGUAAUUUUAAUUGAUCGUCCUGUCCCACGUUUUGAGAAGUCGGCUUAUUAUGCUGUAGCAGAAUGUUGCAUAGUAAAUGCUGUAAGGGAUGGAAUGAACUUAGUUCCUUAUAAGUAUAUUGUUUGCAGGCAGGGGACUCCGUCUAUGAAUAAAGCUUUAGGCAUAGAAGCAGAUGCUCCUCGCACAAGCAUGCUUGUCGUGUCUGAAUUUAUUGGUUGCUCACCUUCUUUAAGUGGAGCGAUCAGAGUUAAUCCUUGGGACAUUGAUGCUGUUGCUGAUGCCUUGAGUUCAGCAAUCACGAUGCCUGAUCCUGAGAAGCAAUUGCGGCACGAAAAGCAUUAUCGGUAUGUUAGUUCUCAUGAUGUGGCUUAUUGGUCUAGUAGUUUUGUGAAGGAUUUGGAGAGAGCAUGCCGGGAUCAUUACCGUAAACGUUGCUGGGGUAUCGGUUUGGGCCUGGGUUUCAGAGUUGUUUCUCUGUCUCCAAACUUUAAGAAGUUGUCAAUUGACCAUAUCGUCUCAGCAUAUAGAAGAACAAAUAGGAGGGCAAUAUUCCUGGACUAUGAUGGCACAGUUGUUUCCCAGGCUUCUAUAAUUAAAUCCCCAAGCCCGGAGGUGAUCUCCAUUCUAAAUUCUCUGUGCAAUGAUCCUAAGAACACCGUGUUUAUUGUUAGCGGGAGGGGAAGAAGUUCUCUGAGUGAGUGGUUUGCCCCAUGUGAGACACUAGGAAUUGCAGCUGAACACGGAUACUUCUUAAGGUGGUGCAGAACCUCUGAGUGGGAGACCAGUCCCAUUGGUGCCGAUCUUGAUUGGAAAGAAAUUGUAGAACCUGUAAUGAGAUUGUAUACAGAGACAACCGACGGAUCCAACAUUGAGACUAAAGAGAGUGCUUUGGUGUGGCAUCAUCAAGAUGCAGACCCUGAUUUUGGAUCAUGUCAAGCAAAAGAAUUGUUGGACCACCUGGAAAAUGUACUUGCUAAUGAACCAGCCGUUGUCAAAAGGGGCCAGCAUAUUGUUGAAGUUAAGCCACAGGGAGUAAGCAAAGGUUUGGUCGCCGAAAAGGUUCUUUUGAGAAUGGUUGAUGAUGGGAUGCCACCUGAUUUUGUGGCGUGCAUCGGAGAUGAUAGAUCGGAUGAAGACAUGUUUGAGAGCAUACUAAGCACAGUGUCUAGUCCAUCCUUGCCUGCGCCUCCUGAGAUAUUUGCCUGCACUGUAGGGAGAAAGCCAAGCAAGGCAAAGUAUUAUCUCGACGAUGCUGCUGAUGUUGUAAAGUUGCUACAAGGCUUAGCCAAUGCUUCAGUCCCGAAGCCUCGCAAUCUCGCCCAAAUCCAGGUUUCUUUUGAGAGUGCACUUUGAGUUGAAAAGGGUUGGCUGGGAUUGGUUCACUGCUUUUGAUACGCUGGAGCCAUUGUUUUUUAAUUAAGGGGAUUCCCUUCUCUGAGAUGAUGAUGAUAUAUUAUCGGCGAUUGAUCUUAACAUGAUUCAUCAGUGGAGCUUGCUAAUCGCUAAUCUGAUUGGUCUGCUUGGGGAAAAAAAGCUUAUUUUGGUAACAUUAUCAGGACCUUGGGAAAUGACCAUUCUUGAUUUUGUAUAUGAUGGUGACAUCAAUCUUGUAUUUAGAGGGUGCCCAGCAAAGAGUUGUAUUCAGGAUUGGUUUUACAGAAAGUCCUUCAGUGGCUAUUUACAUUGAUCUCGGGCCCCCACUGUUAACUUGUAUAGAUACAAUGGUUCUUUUCAUAGUAGAAGAAAAAUGUCAGUUUGUUCCAAUGUUGUCUCUCUGUUCUCUCAUCUCUGUUUGUGCCUUUUUUUAAAAUCUUGAUAUUUGUUCGCGAGGAAAAGAGGAAUUAAGAAGAUAGGAUUGACAUUUACAAUUUGGGUGGCUGCAGAUUUCCUCUUUGCAAGAUUCUUUCACUAUAGCACCGUUGGCCAGAAAAGCUAUUCGGAUAGGAAAAGAUAUAAAAGUGAGGCAGUGAGAAUCCAGAAAGAGAAAAGAUAGAAGGAUCAUAUAGGCUUGAAGGUUCUCCUCUCUCUCUCUCUCUCUCUCUCUCUCAUGAUGAUUUGCAGAGAGAGAAGCUGUUCCAUCAUCACAUGAUGAUUCAUACUUAUCUUCAUUGGUAUAAAGUUCAUGCUCUUGAAAAUUUUGCAAUGUGGGACAAAUAUCAUCAAUGGAGAAAGGCAAAAAUUUUCAGUACUUUAUUGGCAGUAGAUUGGCACGUUGUAUUCAAGCCAAAUUUGGCAAAACUUACAAAUAAAAAACAUGAAUCAUAUGCACGGCAA